UCCCGGACUCCCAGACGGCAGCCGGACCGCGGCUGGCUCCCGGGAUGCCAGGCUAGGCCCCCGCAGCAGGCAGCCGGCCCCGGGAGCGGGACCCCCUCCUCCCGGCCCGGGACCCCCGUUCCGGCCGCGGCCACCUGGGCUCAUCUCGGGGACCCGGGCCCGGGAGGCGAGAGCGCGGCGGGCGCCGCGGGGGCCACGCGAGCCUGACGGAGACGGAGCCGCGAGGGCCUUCGAGCGCCAUCCCGGGCCGAUGUCCCAGGUGAGUGGCCAGCACCCCCCUCAUUGCGACGCGCCUCAUGAAGCCCCGAGCGCAGCCCCGGACCCAGCCCAGACCCCACCCCUCCUGCCUGGGCUGGAGGUAGGAACAGGACCCACUCACCCUGUGGAGGUAGUGCUGGAAGAGGGCUUCCUGGAGGAGGCGGCACCCUCCAUGCCCCAAGGCAAUGACCCUGGGGCCCCCCAGGUCCUGGACAGCACUGACCUCGAUGUCCCCACAGAAGCUGUGACACGCCAGCCUCAGGGGAACACCUUGGGCUGCACCCCACUACUGGCAAAUGGCUCUGGCCACCCCUCGGAGCCGGGCGGUGCCAGGCGAGCGGGGAACGGUGCCCUGGGUGGCCCCAAGGCCCACCGGAAGUUGCAGGCUCACCCGUCUCUCGCCAGCCAGGGCAGUAAGAAGAGCAAGGGCAGCACCAAGUCUGCUGCCUCCCAGAUCCCUCUCCAGGCGCAGGAAGACUGCUGCGUCCACUGCAUCCUGUCCUGCCUGUUCUGCGAGUUCCUGACGCUGUGCAACAUCGUCCUGGACUGCGCCACCUGCGGCUCCUGCAGCUCCGAGGACUCGUGCCUCUGCUGCUGCUGCUGCGGCUCCGGCGAGUGCGCCGACUGCGACCUGCCCUGCGACCUGGACUGCGGCAUCCUGGACGCCUGCUGCGAGUCCGCCGACUGCCUGGAGAUCUGCAUGGAGUGCUGCGGGCUGUGCUUCUCCUCCUGACUCGCCGGGUUCCGCAGGGUCGUCCUAGGGGAGCCGGCCCAGGGGCUGCCACACAAAGCUUGAUCAGCCCCCUCCCCUUGGUCCUCCCUCCUCCACCCAGUGACCUCUCAGAACCCAGCCCGGUGUGAAGGGGGGCGCCCCGGAGGACACCUCAGUCACGGGAGCUCGGCCCACUGCAGAGAGCCCGUCCUCCUGCUGGUUACCGAGGACCUGGGAGGAGAGGGUUAGAGUGGGAACCGCUCCUGGCCCAGCUGCCAGGGCCGCGGAACACUGUGAAAGCUGGGGGAGGGGCAGGAACGUGGGGAGGCGGAGCUGCGCGCUUCUCUACCUCUCUGCUCCCGGUGCCCGCCCCCCUCCCCCCCCCCCCGCUGCCGCCCGGGGCGUAGAGCACAGCAAAAUGUGAAAAGAGACACCCCACCCUGCCCGCAGCCAAGCCCCUCCCUGGUCUCCUUUCCUGGGCUUUUGGGGGUGGGGUGCUGACCCAUGUAGUGACCCCAGCGCAAAGCAGGGCUGGGCUUGGACCUGGGACAGGGCGGGAGGGGGGAACGGUAUAGAAAAGACUGGAAGGGGCGAGGGAAGGAAUG